AUGGCGAGCUUUAUUGCAAAGCAGCUUAUUGGAAAUCAGCUGGAUUCUGUGAAAGGCGCCUUGGGCGACAAAAAGGAUGAAGGUGGUUCAUCUGGAGCAAGAGAAAUUGAUCCAGAAGUGGAAGAAGCCCUUCGAGAAGCCGAGCAAAAACGUCAGGAGAAACACCGAAAAAUGGAGGAAGAGCGUGAGGCCAUGAGGCAAGAUAUUCGUGAUAAGUAUGGCAUAAAGAAGAAGGAGGUGGAGGUGGACUUUGAUGAGCUGAUGUUGAACAACGAGGGUGGUCGUGUGGGUAGAAAGCGCAAAACUCCCGCAGAGUUGGCAGCGGAAGCCGACAGAGCCGCUGCGGAUGAAGACUCCAUCAUCGGUAUGCUGCCUGAGAGCAUGCGUGAUAUCGCCUCAAAAGUUACCGAAGCUCCCGGGAAACUGAUCUCAGAUGCACAGGAGAAGUGCACCAUUUCAUAG